GGAUCAUUUGUAGAAAACACGCUAAAAGCAGCACGCAGUCAAACAAUUCCGCAAGCGUGAACGUGCUAAUUACGCGUGAUAAAUGUGUGUUAGUCAGGGCGGCGAGGGUAAAGGAAAGACUUCUAUUUAGAGCGUGGAGUAAAGUGAAACGACUCCGUUGUCCUAGUGUACACAGCGCGUGAUGUACUUAAGAGGAACAUGUCGUAACGAGAGUUUUGCCUAGUCUCAUGGUAGAUUGUUCGAGAGACACAUAAAAAGAGGAACAAGAAACUUCAAUAAGGUAGAUCUAGAUGCCUUUUUAGCCGGGAAUAUCAAAACCAUAGAUAGGGCGGAGAUAGGGAGACAGCGCGCGCUUGAGUCGAGAUAGACUCGACAAAACAAGGGCUUCAUUUGCUACUCCCACAUGCAAAAGAACGAACUGGUACCUAGAUGGUCGUGUCUGUUUAACGAGGGUACCCAUGCUCUCCACGGAGGAAAUCGUCGUAAAGACCGCUUUCACCCUGGGCAUCGUGUGCGGUACCUUUGGCAAUGCCCUGGUCUGCCUGGUCGUCCUGAGCAACAAGUCAAUGCGGAGUACCAUGAAUUACCUGGUCGUAAAUCUGGCACUAUCCGACACCAUUCUCCUCCUCUUCUUCGCACCUUCCUUCGUCUUCAACGACGCAUUCACACACCCUGCCGGCCAGGCGGGCGAUCUUUUAUGCGUCUUCAUCACAGGCGAGACAUUUGCGUGGACGGCCGGUUAUGCGUCCGCGACGUUUCUUCUCGCAAUCGCGGUUGAACGCUAUUACGCCGUCGCUAAGCCGCACAGCUACGGCGCCAGGUUUCUGCGGAAGAGAGUGAAGCUUAUGGUGGCUGUUUGCUGGACAGUAGCGCUUGCAUGGAAUUCUCCAGGGUUCUGGACAAAACACUACGACGAGAGGUAUGGCUAUUGCGCCAUGACCUGGAAUUAUGAAUACUCGUUCCGUGUCUACGCUAUGCUGUCGUUCCUUUUCGUCUCGCUAGCACCAAGCGCGUCUAUGAUAAUCCUUUAUUCCAAAGUCGUCCACGCGCUCUGGUUUAGUAAGCAAAGUAUAAGAAAUCACCGGACCGAGGAACGGGACCGUUUGCAGAGGAAGAGAGCCACCAAAAUGGUCUUGUCCGUUAGUGUGAUCUACACGUUUUGUUGGAUUCCGCAGUCCACUGUGUUUAUGAUUUCCGCUUUUUCUCCUGAACUGAUACAGGGAAACAUUGCUUAUCCUGCUGCGGUUGCUAUGGUGACCAUCAAUGCAGGUGUCAACCCUCUACUAUACAGUUUCUAUAGCAACCAGAUGCGGCGAGAGAUCGGAAAGCUGUUGGGCUGCCCGUGGGGGGAAAGGGUGGGGCAUGUAACGAGAGUAAUGGUGGAGCCUAAUUUUUAUGGAAGCGUUGAAGACAGAGUGGGGGAACUGAGUGGAAAACAGACUUUGGAAAACUGAGUUGUGCAGAAAAAUCCUGACGGAUGGAUAGGAGAAGGAUGAGGGGAAGGAAUAAGAAAGAGAGGAACAAAGAAAUGGGAAGAAAGGAACUAUAAAUUAAAAUAGAAAGAAACGGAUUCCUAAGAUCGUUGCUACAAAUAAAA